CCUCCCGCCCACCCCGCCAGCCGCGCAUGCGGAGUAGAAUCCGGAAGUCAGCCGCGUGAGGCCGGAACCGGAAGUUGUUCGAGCGGGAAGUGGGCGGGGUCGCGGCAGCAGCAGCAGCGGGCCUUCGUGAAGCCGAGUCGCCGAACCAGCCUCCGAACCUGAAUAUGGGGAACACAAGCAGUGAGCGUGCAGGCGUGGAGCGCCAGGGUAGCCACAAGACGCCCCGGAGGGACAACUCCAAGGAGGGGGACAGGCCAAAGAUCUUGAUGGACAGCCCCGAAGACGCGGAUUUGUUCCAUGCUGAAGAAAUCAAGGCUCCCUUGGAGAAAGAAGAAUUCCUGGCUUGGCAGCACGACGUGGAGGUGAACGACAAAGCUCCCACUCAGGCGCGGCCCACCGUCUUCCGCUGGACCGGAGGAGGCAAAGAGGUUUACUUAUCUGGCUCUUUUAACAGCUGGAACAAACUUCCCCUGACCCGCAGCCACAAUAAUUUUGUGGCAAUCCUAGAUCUCCCAGAAGGUGAACACCAAUAUAAGUUCUAUGUGGAUGGUCAGUGGACACAUGAUCCUUCAGAGCCCGUAGUAACCAGCCAGCUGGGGACUCUCAACAACGUUAUCCAGGUGAAGAAAACUGACUUUGAAGUGUUCGAUGCCUUAAUGGUGGAUUCCCAAAAGUGCUCUGAUGUGUCUGAGCUCUCCAGUUCCCCCCCUGGGCCUUAUCACCAGGACCCUUACAGCUGCAAGCCAGAGGAACGCUUUAAGUCUCCCCCCAUCCUGCCUCCACAUCUGCUGCAAGUUAUUCUGAACAAGGACACUGGGAUUUCGUGUGACCCUGCCCUGCUUCCUGAGCCUAACCACGUCAUGCUGAACCACCUCUAUGCGCUCUCCAUCAAGGAUGGGGUGAUGGUGCUGAGCGCCACCCACCGUUACAAGAAGAAAUACGUGACUACCUUGCUGUAUAAGCCCAUAUGAAGUGGGGCCAGGGGGCUGGGCUGACAGGCCAGCAGAGGAAACCAGCGUGCCCUCUGGACUCGCAGCAGGCUUCCUGUCAAAUCCUAUUGUUUUUCUAAGAGCCCAGAUCUGUCACAUAGCCGCCUUGCACUCUCCCCUGCACCCCAGUCUUGGCUAGCCUGCAAAAAAGAGAGGACGCACAAACUGCAGAAUACAGUUAGCCUGGGUGUGUGUGUGUGAAAAUAUCCCUUGACUUGGCUGGGUCACCUUGAGCAGUUGUGGCCAUUGGGGGCUGGUAACCGGAGUCCUUUCAUCACGCAGUCCCCCCCGAGAGCUUGUUUCUACUCUGAUGUGGGGUGGGGUGGGGUGGGAGGUGCGGCUUGUCUCCUCUCGCUCUGGGGACAAGCACAGGUGCUGGGGUGAGUGCUUUCCUUCCCUGCUGUAUCCCGGAUCUCGGUCAGAAGCUGCUGGCAAAGACAGUGGGCUUGUGUUGUGUGCUGACCGGUGGAGGUUGGUGGGUGUGGUAGCAGCAAGCAGGUUGGAAAAGCCCCCGGCUGUGGUCCCGUUUUAGGGCCAACCCCCCCUGGCUCCUUGAAGCCAGUCCUCUUCCACAGGUCUCCUCCCCAAGGGCAAGCAGUGUGGGUCAGCCCUCUGCAGAGGCUGCAGGGCCAGGAGGUGGUGCUGCUCUGCUGGUGGGCCAGGGCGGCCUCCUUGUGCAGCAGCCCAGCAGCCAGGGAGGGGCACGCAAGGGGCAGCCCGUCUCUCGCCCCGUGAAGGGGCCCAGGCAUGAUGGUGCUGAGGAGCCGGCGUGUGCCUUGUAUCCAAGCGGGCUCUUCUGGCUCCUUAGACACAUUCUCCUUAGACAAGCAUUCAGGCAGCCUUGAGGGGUAUCCGGGGGUGGGGGGUGGGGUCUGGCUCCACCCCACCCCAGAGUGCUGUUGGGAACAGUAUUUCCCGUCCAUUCUUUGAUUUUGCCUUUGCUGCUGUUGUAUUCGUCAGUCACGUGUUUUUAACAAUAAAAGCACUUGGUGGCAUCAGUGCCCAGAGUUCUGUUGCAUGCUA